AUGGCAAUGUUAGGAGAACAGCAAGUACAAGGGAAAGUCCUGCAGUAUGAAGCUUUCAUCAGUGAUGUUCUGCAGAGAGACCUCCAAAAAGUGUUGGAGCAGCGGGACGAGGUCUACGAGAAGAUCGCCCAGUACUUGCAGCUGAAGAGCGUGAUCGAGCGGUUGCAGGAGACCGGAAGUCGGGAGCUGGUGACCCAAGUAGACCUUGGCUGCAAUUUCUACGUCAAUGCCGAAGUGCCGGAUGCCUCCACCAUCUUUGUGGCGCUGGGGUACGGGUUCUACGCAGAGCUGACGCUGGCCGAGGCACUGGCCUUCAUCGAGAAGAAGAACAAGCUGCUGACCGAGAUCGCCGAGACCCUCACCACAGACUCCGCCAAGAUCAAAGCCAAUAUCCGGAUGGUUUUAGAGGGCUUGCGUGAACUCCAAGGCCUCCAGGACCUUCCUGAGGAGAACCAAAGGGAAAUCAUCCUUUAG